AUGUAACGCUACGCCUCGUUCAUCAGCAAUCGUCUUUCAUCCGUCGAUUCGAGACGGUGAUUUAUUUUCUCGCAGGCUGUUUCUCUUGAUCGUUGUCGACGACGGUGUUCUCUCUCCUUCCCUUUCAUUAUUUCUCUCCGGCCUCUCUUUCUCUCGCUUUAUCAUUCUACGUCUUCGUUGGCCCAGUACCCGGCGGCGCGUCGCAAUCGAUUUCAAAAUCCGACGACGCACGCCCUGCGCGUCGUCGCCGCCGCCUGUUGUACCUCCUCCUCAUCAUCCUGUCUGCCCUCGCUUUCCAGUCAGUGCCAUCGCUGCGGCGGAACCGGCAGCCGUUCACGGGGACAUGGUCCAGGAGCUCGCAGCCAGGACCGCCAAGUGGUGAUCGUUACCUUCUCUCGCAAAGCAGAACAGUGGCGACGGUGUCUCCCGUGGUGAUGCGCACGAUGUGCCGCAGGGUGUGAAAGAGGCUACGUUGCGUCACGCCCAGGAACAUCUAUGGGCCGUAAACGGUGGUGGCAAGGAGGCUUGGUGGAGCUGCUGGUGCUCUGUAUCCUUCAUCACGCCGUCAUUGCGGCUGACGGCAAUGUCGGAUGUUUAUACAGCGAGGACGUAUGCGAUCCCCAAACGGAAAAGUGUUUCAACGAUCUGGCAUUUGGAAAAUGUAUACCCCGAUACGCGAAUCUAGAAAAUGACGAUUUAUAUCAAUAUAAUCUUGAUAUCGGCGAACUGGAGCUGCUACAAUCGGUGAGACGGCAAUUAAUGAGACUGGAAUCUGAUGGGUACAAAUGGAAACAUCCCUUUACACAAUGUAUUGUGCAAACCUUAUUGCAUAAUCUCCGAUACGGACAAAACAAUCUUCGUGAUUUUCAUAUCUGUGAAUAUUUGAAGAAACCACCCCUCGAUGAACAAAGUGAAUUUAUUGAUGAGAUGGUUCCAGCGGUCGCUUUACUGAGAAUAUCUGCGGACAAUGAAAAUCCUGAGAGUAAUUUGGCCGACGAUCUGUAUCGUCCCAUAGACAUCGAGAACAAUUCUGGAUACAUGAAAUGGCGUAAUAGCGAGAGCGAUCGGGCUUCGAUCAUUGAUGAGAAAUACAACAAUGUGUACGGAAAAUCACUGAACGAUAUGCGCGAGCAAUUUUAUCCGCCCAGAACACGCCGGUUCAGCUUCGAUGAUUAUAAAAACGAUGUUACCGAGUCACUUGAGGAUACUUUGAGAGACGAGACAUCGAGGUCCGGGGAUGACUAUGAAAAUACUUAUGACACACAACUUUUGUCCGCCGAUGAUCUUGAAUUCUUACAGAACGAAAAGUCGCCAGAUUACACAUUGUUGAAGCCCUCCGACGACGACGACGACGACGACGAGACAAGUGAGAGGGAAUACGAGAGAGUAUUCUCUAGGAAGUAUAAGCAUCGAAAGAAACCACCGCUCCUCGAGUUUUCCAGCGAUGCUGAUGCGAAAAAGACAGAGAUCGAACGUGACGAAGAUCUCAAUUAUGAGAAUGGCGAAAUUGAUGAAGAGAACUCGGGAGAGAUCGAGAGACCCGAUGAGGAUAUUUCUUCGAGGAUACGUAGGAUAUACACCGAGGGAGGAAUCGUACGACCCACGAGAUAUAAAAUUACAUCCGAUGCCAGUGACACUGUGCACGACGAGAUGUAUGACGACGAUUUAGACGCACUUUUAUGGAGACGAGAGUUGGCUGGUUUUAAGCGCAGGGAACGGCUAGACGUUAAAAAACCUGGACCGCCGUUUUCGACGAAUAAUUACGCAUUUAAAACUCAAUCUCCAGCUAUUCUCCUUGACAAAAACUAUUCCGAGACAAAUAAUCAGGACAAUAAUGAAGUAUAUGCACCAUUGACUAAGAAGGAACUACACACAAGCGAUAAUACGUACAAAACGAGCAAUGGUGAUCCAGAAACUUACAAAAAUGUCGACUUAGAUUCCGUCUACAUCGUGUUUGCGCAGAAGUUUCAUAACUGGGAUAAAGGAAAACACGUGGUUGCUAAGGUUGAAGAACUCCUAGAAUUGCCUCCCGAAACGUUAAAAAAUGUACGAGUGGGCUACGCAGAAGUAACGUUCACAGUUACUCCAAAUGAGAAAAACUACAAUGCAACCGACGUUGUUAACAACAUUGAUAACAUUCGUGGGAAAUUACAAAACGCGCUAGGAAUUGAAGUUAUUCGAGCGGGUAUAGGUGAUAAGGUUAAAUUACCAGCUACUCUAGAAGUAGUCAGAGAGAGGGAGAUGAGUUCCAGUUUUAUCGGUGCAUUGGUAGCUGGUGGAGUUGCGGCUGCGAUCACAGCUGCAAUAGUCACGCUGAUAAUUGCGCGGCGCCACGCGAAAUACCGAGCGAAGCUUGCCGGGCUAGCUACUCCGGAUCCAGAAGCGUCCAAGGACUAUCAGGAUCUAUGCAGAGCGAGAAUGCAGGCGAAACAGCCGAAUGAGAAGUUGGAGUCGCCGCGUAUCACAAGCCUGUCGCGCGAAAACGAAUCCAAUCUGCCUUCCAAUCGCUCCAGUACAUCCUCCUGGGGCGAGGAACCUGCUCUUUCCAAUAUGGACAUAUCGACCGGUCAUAUGGUUCUCAGUUAUAUGGAGGAUCACCUAAAAAACAAGGAUCGCCUGGAUCAAGAAUGGGCGGCAUUGUGCGCCUACGAAGCCGAACCAUCGUCCACGGAGAUCGCGGAGAGGGAUGCGAAUAUCAAGCAGAAUCGUCCCGGCGCGGCACUUCCCUACGAUCACUCUCGAAUAGUCUUGAACGAUCUCGCAAACGCCAAUAAUUCCGACUACAUAAAUGCUUCCACGAUUAAGUCGACGGAUCACGAUCCCCGAAAUCCGGCUUACAUAGCCACGCAAGGGCCGUUACCGCAGACUACGUCUGACUUCUGGCAACUGGUUUGGGAACAAGGCAGCGUGGUGAUUGUGAUGCUGACACGACUUACUGAGGAAGGCCAUGCCAUGUGUCAUCGUUACUGGCCCGAAGAAGGAUCGGAGCUUUAUCACAUCUACGAGGUACACCUGGUGUCGGAGCACUUUUGGUGUGAUGAUUAUCUAGUGCGGUCUUUCUACCUGAAAAAUCUGCGCACUUGUGAGACUCGUACCGUCACGCAAUUCCACUUCCUCUCCUGGCCGGAGAACAGCGUACCGUAUUCCACAAAGGCUCUGCUCGAGUUUCGUAGGAAAGUUAAUAAAUCGUAUCGCGGUAGGUCAUGCCCGAUAGUCGUGCAUUGCAGUGAUGGAGCUGGACGAACCGGUACUUACUGCUUGAUCGAUAUGGUUCUAAAUCGUAUGACGAAGGGAGCGAAGGAAAUCGAUAUCGCCGCUACUCUGGAGCAUAUUAGAGAUCAAAGACCAGACAUGGUUGCUACGAAACAACAGUUUGAGUUCGUCCUGAUGGCAGUGGCAGAAGAGGUACACGCGAUUCUCAAGGCUUUACCCGUGUCGUCAAAUGAAAAAUCCGUUACGGCUACCGGUUCUUCGCCACCCACGAAAACGGAACAGUGAGGCUAAAGCUGCGACGCAAAUUUAAUCCUAAACGGUAUAAAAUAGGCAAGCUGAUAACACCUUUUCUGAUAGAUUUAACAAGAUUUAAUUCUAGUAGAUUUCAUAGGAAUCUUGUUAUAUCUUCACGUUUAUUUAGUUUAUGAAAGAUUCAAAAGAUUCAAUUGUUUUCCUAAGCGAUUGUUGAAGCUCUGUUCCUCAUGAUUCGGUAACAUUCUUGUAGGAGAAAAUCUGAUUGUGUAUAUCGGCUCUUUUAUACUCUUCAGGGUUAAAAUAAUUGUAAUCGAGAUACGAACGAGGGAUAAAAGGUAUCUAUUCUAUUGAUUUCGAUGUGUCAUAAAAAAAGCUAAAUACUUUCACUAGCUGUUUACUAUGAUGUAUCCUAUUGGAGUAAAGAGUGAAUCAAUCGGUUAUUUCAUUGGAGUUUUCUACACGCUCGGCAUUUCCCGAUUGAGACGCACCUUCGCGUGAUUAGUUUUAGAGUGCACCAGUCGUCGCGAGCUUCUUUCGUAUUCCGAUUCCCCAAAAGAAUGAUAAUCAAUUUAAACUCCUAUGAUGAGAAAUAUGUACCCACAUACAUAUAGUCGGAGAGACAUAUUAAUUUAAAUACCGUUUUAAUUUUAGUACAAUGUGUAAAGAAGAGGAAAGUGAGCGAUAUACUUGUAUAUGAUAAGACAGCUUGAAGUGUACAUACUUUAAACGUGGUACAUGAAUUUUAAUCUUUUCUUUACCGUUAUUCCGUGAGAUGGUACUGUUUUAUUACAUCGACUAAUCGCGUAACGUCCCCUUCCGCUCAUUCAAACGCGGCCUAUUUCAAGGGUCAAGUACCUGUAGACAACAGACAGACAGAUGGACAUAGCUAGGUGUCCGAGGCAAUGUAUCAGUAACUGAACGAUUAUUAUACUGUGCGAUCGAUCGGUGAAACAACGGAACGUUUUAUACUGGUAGAGUCUAACUAGCACCUCGAUUUAUUAUUAUUAAACGCGGCCGUUUGAGAUCGAAGUUUAAUUUGUUUGAUAUAAAGAUUAUAUUCAGUAUAUCAUGGACUGACGACCAGACUGGCUGCGUUUAGCACUAAAUAUGCGAUGUGAAUACGGGUUGGGAUUUUUGUCUGCCGUGGGACAAAAUAUAUUGUUUUUUGUGGACAAAAGUCUAGGAAAUAUUUAUAUAUAAAAUCAUCUCUAUCGGGAAUUUUAUCGGAUUUCAAUAUCUAAUUAGAACUGUAUCGUACCCCAUACAGCACCAAAGCUUUCAGAAACAUUUCAGAAAACAUUACUGCAAUGUUACAAUGUUU